UCGCCGAAACACAACGCACGCCAAACAAAAUGGCGAAUCGCACGGUGAAGGACGCACAAUCGGUGCGCGGUACAAACCCACAGUAUUUGGUGGAAAAGAUCAUCAGAUCGCGCAUCUACGAUUCCCGAUACUGGAAAGAAGAAUGCUUCGCCCUAACAGCCGAACUGCUGGUCGACAAGGCGAUGGAGCUGAGGUUCAUCGGUGGUGUUUUCGGCGGCAACGUGAAGCCAGCGCCGUUCCUCUGCUUGCUGCUCAAAAUGCUGCAGAUCCAACCCGAGAAGGACAUUGUUGUGGAGUUCAUCCGUCAGGAUGAGUUCAAAUAUGUGCGGGCCCUGGGUGCCAACUACAUGCGUCUUGUGGGCAGCUCGCUCGACUGUUACAAGUACCUGGAGCCCUUGUACAACGAUUACCGCCAGCUCCGGCGUCAAAAUCGGGAUGGUGGUUACACAAUCGUUCACAUGGACGAGUUCAUAGACGAGCUGCUGCGAGAGGAACGUGUGGCAGAUAUCAUCAUGCCUCGAAUACAGAAGCGGCAAGUGCUGGAGGAAAGUGGGGAGCUGGAGCCUCGAGUGAGUGCACUCGAGGACGACCUGGAUGACGUUGACUCGGGUGAAGAUGAAAUUGAAGACGUGCCGAAGGCACCGAGCGAGCCAAAGAAGGACGCCCAGAGGCACCGUUCGUCACAGUCCCAGCAUGCGUCAGUUGGCAGCAAAGGUACUAGUCGCUCGGCACAUGUUCGAGACCACCGUGAAAAGGGCCCACCCAAGGAGCACCGUGAGUUCCGCGAGCCACGCGACUUCCGAGAGCCGCGUGAUUUCCGUGAACCACGUGACUUCCGAGAUCAACGUGACUUCCGAGAUCAGCGUGAUUUCCGAGAACAGCGUGACUUCCGAGAUCAGCGUGACUUCCGAGAUCAACGCGAAUUCCGAGAUCAGCGUGACUUCCGCGAUUCGAGAGAAUUCCGAGAUCCGAGGGAGUUCAGAGACUCUCGCGAUUUCCGCAAUGAUGGCCGGGGUGAUGGCAGAGACUCUCGGGACGUUAGGGAUAAGGACUACCGGGAACACCGCGAGAAAGAGAAAGAACACCGCGACCACAGGGACAAGGACUACCGGGACAAGGAUUACCGCGACAAGGACUACCGAGAAAAGGACAAGGACUACCGGGAGAAGGACAAGGAUUACCGUGACAAGGACUAUCGCGAGAAAGACCACCGGGACAAGGACAGCCGGGACCACCACAGCCGCCGGCAUCGUGACCAGGGAGAGAAAAGAAAGUCGAACAAGUAAAGCUUCGGUGUUGCUGGUGCAAGUGAAAUUGUGUACAUAUGCUUAAUAAAGGCUGAUCUUCUAUUGUUUUGA